UCUUAUUGAUAAGUGUGCGAACGUUUUAUGUUACCACGUCGCUUUGCAAGUAUAUGAAUUGAAAGUAUAUUUAGUGUGUCCGAUCCAUUUGCAUGCUUAAGUUGGAAAUUUAAGAAUAUGGACGACAUUAUUCACGUGGAACUGUUCUGAAAUGGCCAUAUGUUAAAGAUGUUUGUGUAGACUGAAUGGACUUUCUAUUUAUGACUUCCGGAAUGACAGACCAAUGCUGUAAACACUAAAUAUGGAAGAGCUCUCUCAAGAAGAGAAUAAUUUCCAUAGAAUACAACUCCUUACGGAGACAUGUUUGUUAAGGGCUCUAAGACAACUUUUAAGACAAGGUCCCCGUAUAGUGACUUCAGAUGGUAGAUCAUACCUGCUUCCGUUCAGUAAGUUCAUUGCUGAUAAUGAUGUAAAAAGAUGCUUGAAUGAAUACUUCAAUCUUCGACGUGGAUCACCUCUAGGGCAAGGUCACACAUUUGACCUUCCAAAUGAGAACACAAUGACCAACAUUGAUGGUUUGGAUCUUGAAAAUGUCCUUGUUAUGGUCUGCAUAUACAUCAAAAAAGAUGCCGAGCCAAAGGAUAUUUUGAAAAGAUGUACAGAAAUUUACAAUGAAUUGAAUCAGAAACAAAAGUUGAGCAACGUUGACUUUAAUGCGAUGUUUGUACGUUUGAAGUAUUUAUCAUUGGAAAUUUCAGACUAUUUGCAGGACCAAGAAUUGAAACAAAACAUGAGUGCUUUGAUACCCAGGUGUAAAAAACAAAGCAUAGCCACUGAUCUGCCUUUUGCUAAUAUAUUCGAAAACAAAUUAAACAUCGAUGAAAUUAACACAAUAGUUGGCAAAUACUGUACCACAUUCGACAAAAUAGGGAUUUCAAAAACUUUGUCUACUGACUCCGGUGUGGGUACCGAGAUACAAUCAGGACCAGAAGCAUACAACACUGACAUGCCAAGUCCACAUAAUGAAGAUCCAAAGAAGAAAAAUGAUGGUGAAAGUAUUCUGACUAGCCACAUUUCUUGUGAAUCAGGCUUCUCGGAAGACACCCCUGAACAAGAACCAGAAGUUGCUAUAAUGGGCGUCACAAAGAUAAACGGAGAGGACGAACCUAAAGCAAAGAAAAGGCGGAUCGAUAUCACAAAUGACAAGCUACCUGCGCCUAACGUAAGCCCUGAAAGUUCCUCCGUUGACGGAGAGAUCAUCACACUAACAGCUACCACAGACUAUGAACUUGGUGAUAUUGAACAGAACACUCCUACUUCUGACAUACAUCAGCACGCGGAUAUUAUGAAAGACUGUUCAGGACACGAUAACAACACAAACAAGUCGCCAGCAUCUGUGCCUAUGAAAGGUGAAUCAGGGCCUUUGCAAGCAAAGAAAAGACGGAUCGAUAUCACACCUGAUAAACUGCCGUUGUCCAACGUAAGCCCUGGUAUGUCCAAUAGCGUGGACGAAGAGAUCAUCGCACUAUACGCUACCACAGACUAUGAGCUCAAUGAACGUGGUCAUAUUGAGCACAACACAUCUACUUCUGACAUACAUCAGCAAGCAAAUGUUGUUGAAGGAUGUGUCGGACACGAUACCCACACCAACAUGUCGACAGCAUCAGAGCCUUUUAAAGGUCAUAUGUCUCCACUGCUCAUAUUUCACUGCUCAGCCGAUGAAGCCCUUGCACGUUCUAUAGCUGCCGGACUUGAAGAUUCAUUUGGAUUUGUUCCCACAGUGAUGGCAUUAACGACCAUGCAAGCGUAUGGUGUACAUAACUUUCGGAAUUUAAAGGAUACGUUUACUAUACUUGGACGUGGUAUGCUUAUCGUCACGAAUGAUACCAGUGAAGAGUUUCAGGAUUAUGCCAGGAGGUUUGUAAAGGAACUGCCUCCAGACUUGUCCGAGACGAUAACAUUGGUCCUUCAAACAGUUACCAAAGAGGAUUUUGGAAUAGAUGAAACGUUUACAGGGAAGUUACUUGAAUUCAAGCACAAAAAUGAUGUCAACAUUCCUAAAAUUUCCCUUGCACUAAACGAUGCGAUAUCAGUACGCGGAUACCAGAAAGAGCUUGCCGAAAAAGCAUGUGAUGGACACAAUGUUAUAAUCAUGGCGCCGACCAACGCAGGCAAAACACAGGUAGCCUGCAAAAUUGUUGAGAUGCACUUCCAGAAUUUCAACACUAGAACGCCGAGAGUCCUGUUUCUGGUUGAAAAUGAGGCCUUAGCUUUGCAGCAGGGUCAGGUCUGUGAAAAACUGUUGCGUUGGAAACGAACAAAAGUAUUUACCGGAAACACACAGCGCUCGAAGAGUCAAUAUAUAUGGGAUUAUUUAGAUAAGCGGGACAUAUUCGUUGUCACAGCACAGAUUCUGGUCAACGCUUUAAAAGCUGGUAAAAUAGAAAGUUUGCAAGAGUUCAGCCUGAUAGUAUUUGAUGAGUGCCACCAUUCAAAGAAACAACACAUGUACAAUGAACUCAUGAGCAAAUAUCUGGACUUGAAAAUAAAAUGCGAUCUCAGCGGGUCGGAUCUUCCACAGAUCGUUGGUUUGACCGCUUCCCUUGGUGUAGGAGGAAAGACGUUAGCAGUCUACGGACUUAAAUACAUGAAACAAAUAGUUGCUAAUAUGGAUGCCAAGUUUUUGUGUACAAUUCGAAGUGAAGCGUCAAAGACAGAGCUGAGAAAAUAUGUCAGCUCCCCAAAAGAAGCGCUUAUCGGCGUGGAAAGCCGAGCCAAUGAUGUUUUUAAGAAAGCUCUGGAAGAUAUUGCACAGAAUAUCAGCGAAUACAUCAACACAGAUCAAACUGUCAUGGGAGCCUCUAUUGAAGACAAAGAGCGAUUACAAGACUGCAAUAUCCCACUGACCUUUGGAACAGACGCAUACCAGCAGUGGAGUUCUGAAUUUGUACAAACAAUUGCAAAGAUUGAUUCCGAUGACAUAAGACGAGUUCUUGAGCCAUGUUCGAAAUAUCUUGAGGUAUAUAACAAAGCUCUUCUAGUUUACAACGAUGCACGACUAACCGAAGCAAUGGCGAUUCUUUCAGAGUUUAUAGACGACGUUAGAGAGGUAGAGACUGACCAUUCAGCGGACAGUUUCCUUCUUGGAACCUACAAUGAUUUGCUACAAAGGACGUCUGGUUUUGAAGAUAGAAACCCUAAGCUGAUGAAAUUGCAAGAAAUCCUGGAAGAAAACCUUCUACCGUUUACAGAGUCUCGGGGAAUAAUAUUUGUUAAAACAAGAGAGUUAGCUGCUGCCCUUGUUGACUGGAUAAAUAACACAGAACCAAUCAGUGCCUUGAACGCUGCGCAGUUUGUUGGCCAAGGAAAUGAGUCUUCAGAUGGUGGUAUGACAAAGGUUAGGCAAAAGGAUGUUUUGGGAUUCUUCAAAAAGGGUGUACAUCGGGUUGUUAUUGCGACCUCUGUCGCAGAGGAGGGAUUAGACAUCACCCAAUGUAACCUUGUCAUAAGAUACAUGCAUGUUACAAACGAAAUUGUUCGUUUACAAUCUAGAGGGAGAGCAAGGGCAGAAGAUAGCAAAUACUUUGUAAUUGCCGAGAAAGGAAGUCCUAUCCUAGAUAAAGAAGAAAAAAACAAACGAUGUGAAGAAAUAAUGAAUGAAAUUGUCCCAGAUUUGCAAGUGUAUUUGGAGAAGCCUGAAAACAAUUGGGAAACAGAAAUGCUUGAAAUGCAAAAAGCCAUGAAGAACAAGGAAGACCAAAUGCAACGCGAAAGACUAGAUAAUAUGAGCGAUGAUGCUUGCGAAUUUCAGUGUAUGAAAUGCAGUUCAUUUAUUUGUUUAUCUGAAGAUAUACGCACAAUAAAAGGUUCAUUUCACAUUGUCGUCAAUAUUGACAUAAAUGGGCGAAUAAGACUGCAGAGGGGUAAACCUGUUUUUAUUGAACCCGACGAUGUUGAAUAUGGCGGGAAAAUAUUCUGUAUGCAAAGCGAUUGCCAAAAAGAACUAGGAACACUUUGCACGUACAGAGAUAUUGUGUUUCCUGUGAUCAAAUUGAAAUUGGUUCGAGUGGUGAACAAAAAUGGAGACGGAAAUAAGUACAAGAAAUGGAAACAACUCACUUGUCGCAUCCAUGAGCUGUCGGAUGACGAAUUCUACUCCCUGGUCGAGGAAAGAAAAACGAACUUAUUUUAGUGAAUAUAAGAAGGAAAAAGAACAGUGUUAUACUAGUUGUUGUUUAUGUAUUGGCAGGAUGACCAUAAGCCAGAACCUAAAAAGGCCAUGCAAAAGGGGUAGUAUUAAUGAUAGACGAUUUAUUUCAAGCGUCAUUACAAAUGAGCGAUUCAGUUCAAUUAACCGAUUUGGUAGUCUUUUGGCUUGCGGUCAUGUUUGAAAAGAUUAUCACCAUUUUCAUACGAAUGGAUGAAUGGGUGAUAUUAUAUUGCUUAUAUUCCUAUUAAAUAAUUUACUGUUUAUUAUUCAAAUGUAUUAAACAUACUGAUUCAGAACAUG